UGUGUGGUGGUGGCGCAAAUUGAUCGAUAGCAGCUGAAUUGGCCCUGCAUAUGACUUGGUUGAGUGCAAAAUUUUCACCAGCCAACUGAAUUCACCAGGGCGGCAUUAUUGAGCUCAUAUUGGGAGGUGGUAGCUCCUUAGAGGUGCCCCAAGCGGGCACCUCAUCAACGGGGGGCAUGCUGUGCAAAGUGUACCCCAGCCCUGGGGCGGCCCGCAGCGUUUGGGGGCUGCAAGGCCACUCCUGCAACAUGGAGCAACACUCGGCCGCCGCCAGCAGGGACGACAAAGACGCGCUCUGCUGCAAUUACGUUCACAUGGACAGGGAGAACUGCAAGUCUAUCUUCGACCUUGUCCGCACAGGUGAGCUUCGAGAUAUCGAGGCUUUGGUCGAGAAUGUGGGUUCGGAGAUUCUCAGCUCGAGGGACCAGUGGGGCUACACACCCGCACACUGGGCGGCCCUCGACGGCAACGUCAACGUCAUGCGCUACCUUGUCGAACGAUCGGCGCCCGUCGACCUGCCAUGUCUGGGAACUCAGGGCCCUCGUCCGAUUCAUUGGGCCUGCCGCAAAGGACACGUUGCUGUUGUGCAAGUCAUUCUACAGGCUGGAGUAGCAGUGAACGCGGCCGACUUUAAAGGGUUGACGCCCUUAAUGACCGCGUGCAUGUUUGGCAAGGCAGCAACGGCUGCCUAUCUCCUCGGCAUGCAGGCGCUGAACCACCUGACCGACAUCAAUGGUGAUACUGCGCUGCACUGGGCGGCAUACAAAGGCCAUCCUGAGCUUAUCCGCCUCCUCAUGUACUCUGGCGUGGACCUACAAAAACCCGAUAACUUUGGUUCAACCCCUCUUCACCUGGCUUGCCUUUCUGGAAAUGUGAAUUGCGUAAAAAUGUUGUGCGAAAAGAGCAAAAUUGAACUCGAUCCAAGGGAUAAAAAUGGAAAAACGCCUUUAAUGCUGGCCAAAAGUCACAGGCACCACGAUGUGGUGCAGGUUUUGCAAUCGGAAUAUAAACGCAGGGCUAGAUGUGUACCCCCUCUCCAUGAAAUAUGGGGUUUACUCUUUGGAGGCGCAGGCGACUCAAAGGGUCCUCUCCUGCUUUUUGUAGGCUCGGUGUUGCUGUGGGGAUACCCAAUGUACCUUCUGAGGUGCAUCCCAAUAACUUGGAAUGUUCUGCGAGGCUCGCACUACUGCUUCAUCUACUGGAAUCUAGUUAUGUGGAUAAGUUGGAUCGUGGCAAACCGAAGGGACCCCGGAUGCGUUCCCCUGAAUACGGACAGUUACCACAGAGCCAUUAGACAGAUUCCGUAUUACGACAAAUGGAAGCAGCGCAAUAUAGUUUUAUCCCGGCUGUGCCACACUUGCAGGUGCUUGCGACCGCUCAGGGCCAAGCACUGCCGAAUUUGCAACAGAUGCGUGCAAUACUUUGACCAUCACUGUCCUUUCAUCUACAAUUGUGUCGGCCUUCGAAACAGAAUGUGGUUCUUCAUGUUUGUUGUGAGCAUCGCAAUAAAUUGUUCGUACACAAUUUACUUUGCAUGCUACUGCAUUGCGCUCGAGGGUUGGGAGAUGAUGUACAUUUUGGGACUCAUCGAAGCGCUUCUGUUCUCCGGACUGGGCUGGAUUCUGACUUGCACCUCGGUGCUUCACGCUGCAAUGAACCUAACAACUAACGAGAUGUUUAACUACAAGCGCUAUCCGUACUUGCGAGAUAAAAGGGGACGUUACCACAACCCGUUCUCGCGCGGCCCGUUACUGAACCUCAUGGAGUUCUUUUUAUGCUCGGCAAGUGUUAAUAAAGAGGAAGAUUUUCUCGACGAGGAAGCCAUUUGACCAGAGCCUCCAGGCCAGCCACUGAGGCGCCUAAAAAAAUAGCACUCUGCUGAUUAUGAUGAUUCAAAUAUACACAAUGUUCGGCUUUUACACAGUGCUUGAUGAAACUUGACGAAGUCUUUGAAGAAUGUCGAAGCUAUUGAUCGAGUUUCUCUCAUUCACAUAUAUAUGGACAGCUCGCGGAGGGGAUUUAUUGUUUAACUAAAUGUUAGUCCAAGACUUGACAUAAUUUUAUUUGAAUCGUAGUAGCUAUUCGUACAAAUUCGCUUUAUACUAAAACAUAUAAUUAUAUUGAUGUAUAUUUUAUAACGCCAGAUUUUUCAAAAUUACAGACACAAUGAAACUCUAACUAAGUGGAUUUCUGGAUAUAUAUAUUUUAUAAUUGUUUAAAAUAAUGGGACCUUGUUUAUCAAUGUUUUUAAUUACCGAAGACGUAAUGCACAUUUUCUGACAAAUUUGCACAUUAUGUUUAAAUAGUGCCAUUGUGCUUUUAAAUGUAUCUAAUGAGAAAGCAAAUUUUGUGAAAAUGUAAAUGCCGCACAUUAAUUUCUGCAAUGAUGGAACAGAUUUUCAAACAAAUGUGCCCAGACUAAAAAAAUGACAUUCAUCAAGUAGAGACGCGCUUUUUGCAACUGAUUUGUGCUACAGUUAAUUAUGUCGUUAGUUGUUAAGAAAAAUCAUCGUUACUCCACCAGAAUGAAUAAGACGCUCUUUGAAAUUUGCACUGAAACUUGCCUAUUCUUUCAUUGCUUUAUUUUCAGCAUGACUUAUAAUUUCCUUAAGGUCACUUUCCCUCAAAAGUUCUUGUAAUGCACAAUAUUAAAAAAAAUAAAUGAGUAAAGUACAUGCUGAAUAUA